GCGUGUCCCGUGGGGUCUCCGUCCCCUCGCCCUGCCCCGUCCCGGGUCGGUCCUGUCGCCGGCGGGUCCGCGGAGAUGACGGCGAGCAAGCGGGUGGCCAAGGAGCUGGAAGAUCUGCAAAAUGCCCCUCCUCAGUACCUGCGAGACCUCUUCAGUGAUGAUGCCAACGUGCUCCUGUGGCAUGGGCUGCUUCUGCCGGACACCCCGCCCUACAAUCUGAGGGCUUUCAAGGUCAAAAUCAGCUUUCCUCCCGAGUAUCCCUUCAAGCCUCCCAAGGUGGCCUUCACCACCAAGAUCUACCACCCCAAUGUGGAUGAGAAUGGUCAGGUGUGCCUGCCCCUCAUCAGCAAUGAGAACUGGAAACCAUCCACCAAGACCAGCCAAGUCCUGGAGGCGCUUGUCUCGCUGUUGAACAAACCGGAGCUGGGGCAGCCUCUGCGAGCCGAGUUGGCCGACCAGCUCACCAAGAACCCGGCGCUGUUCCAGAAGAAGGCCAAGGAGUUCACCCUCUCUUUCGGGGAGAAGCGCCCCGCUUAGCCGGGAUCCGGCCCGCCUCCCCCCACCCCCGACCUGUGUCGUCUACUGGACGCUGCUUGGACUUCCCAGUUGCCCCCAGAGCAACCUAAAUCCCCUGUGGCCACCGGGAUAAAUCAGGAGGGCUGGACGCAGGGGUGUCAAAUUGUCAAAAAGCCCUCUUGGACUCAGAGACCAGCGGAGCUGUGAGGGGAAAGAGGGAUAAACUUGGGUGGGAUGCAGGGAAGGAUGGGUGGGUCUUAGACGGAAUGGAGACUGUGCCCCCUCCACCCCCCCAGGAUUAUCUCCUAUCUACCCCAGUGCUUAAUAUGGUGCUUGGCACAUGGUAAGCACUUCACAGUUGCCAUUAUCACCAUCUAACCUUGAAGGAUUUGUUUUCAUUUCAUUUAAUUGAUGGAGUUAAUUAAGGAUUAAUAAAAGUAGACUGAUCUCAUUUCCAUUAGAUUGUGAACUCCAAGAGAGCAGGGCCCAUGAUUGUUCACUGUCAGGAACAGUGUCUGGCACAUUGAGAGUGCAAUAAAUUUGAGUGAGAAAUAA